CUUUGACUUAACGAUAAACCAUUCAUGAUUCAUCCCACCAAAUUCAGUUUCCGGUCACCACUUUCCGCCCUUUCAGAACAACCCCCAAUCCCCACACAGACUCAGACACUAACCGCUUGCCUCUCUGGAAAUGGUAUGGCUAUGGCGGAUUUCAGCUCUCUUCUUCUUCUUCCUCUUCCCUCUUACCUCCCUUUCAACGUCGUACACCUCUGAUCUCUUCCGACAAUGGUGCCAACAACACGGAAAAUCCUAUUCCACCGAAGAAGAGAACCUUUACAGGUUCAAUGUUUUCGAAGACAACGACGCUUACAUUAUUCGUCACAACAGUAAUUCCAAUUCUUCUUAUACGCUUUCUCUCAAUGCCUUUGCCGAUCUCACUCACCACGAGUUCAAACUUGCUCGAUUACGCGGCCUCUCCGCGUCUGCUGCUUCCGAUGAUCUGAUUAGGCUUAAUCGCGGUAGUUCGUUGAUUGAAUCAUCCAGUUAUUUACCUAAAUCUUUGGAUUGGAGGGAUAAAGGAGCAGUUACUAAUGUCAAAGAUCAAGGGAGUUGUGGUGCAUGCUGGUCAUUCUCAGCCACAGGAGCAAUGGAAGGAAUUAAUCAAAUCGUAACAGGAUCCCUCAUCAGCCUUUCUGAACAGGAGUUGGUUGAUUGUGACAAAAGCUUCAACAGUGGUUGUGAGGGUGGACUCAUGGAUUACGCCUAUGAAUUUGUAAUAAAAAACAAGGGAAUUGAUACUGAAGAUGAUUACCCAUAUCAAGCCAAACAAACUUCUUGCAAUAAAAACAAAAGAAAGAGAAACAUUGUCACCAUUGAUGGUUACAAUGAUAUUCCUGAAAACAAUGAAGAUCAGCUACUUAAAGCUGUUGCAAAUCAACCUGUGAGUGUGGGUAUAUGUGGCAGUGAAAGAGCCUUUCAGUUAUACUCAAAGGGGAUAUUCACGGGGCCAUGUUCAACUGCUUUAGAUCAUGCAGUGUUAAUAGUUGGAUACGAUUCAAAAGAUGGAGUUGAUUACUGGAUUAUAAAGAAUUCAUGGGGAAAAUCAUGGGGGAUAAAUGGUUACAUGUACAUGGCACGUAAUACAGGGGAUUCACAUGGUCUAUGUGGGAUCAACAUGCUUGCUUCUUACCCAAUCAAAACUAGCCCUAAUCCACCUCCAUCACCUACCCCAAAACCAGUUAAAUGUAAUUUGUUUUCAUGGUGUAGUGAAGGUGAAACAUGUUGUUGUGCUUCAAAUAUUCUUGGGAUUUGCUUGAAAUGGACUUGCUGUGAGUUGAAUGCUGCUGUAUGCUGUAAGGAUCAUCGUCAUUGUUGCCCUUCUGAUUAUCCCAUUUGUGAUUCUGAAAGAAACUUGUGUCUCAAGCAAACAAACAAUGGUACGUUAGCAAUACAGCCCAAGAAGAACAGCGAUUCUGGCAACUCAGGUGGCCGGAGUUCCCUCCAUAAGCAAUACUUUUAAAGGUGAUGAUGGAAGAAUUUUGCUCUAAAUUAUUCGGAAUCAUUGUAGAUUCUGAAUAUGUAUCAAAACGAUUUGUAAAGCAGAGAAUAAUUUCAAUACUAUUUAUCAGAAUCUUUACAAUAUAAAGGGAGUAUAGCAAACCCACAAAAUCAAAAUUGAAAAGAACUAAUUCAGUACCUAUAAAAUCAUAUCUUGGAUUCAUGAAUCAUGAAGAUGACGAUGGAAACACAUCUUUUACAGCAGAAGCAGCGGAUAGAUAAUUAAGAGUAUUCUUCAACGUCUCCUUCUCUCUCUUCAACCUCACCAUCGUAUCCUCCAAUUCAAGCAACGCCUGCUGUUCCCUCGGCGCGCCUUCAAACGUACUCCCCACGAAAAACGAAAACGGCGUCGGAAAUAGAUUCCGGCGUAAAUCCCCGGCUUCCUUCUCUGGCUUUCCAUUCAAUCGAUUCGAUAACCUAAUCACGUCCUUCAUAUGGCUCUCCACUUCGCUUGCUAAGCCUUCUAAAUCCUCUUCCCCGUUCCCCGACGGUCGGUCCUCCAACCACACCACCUCCGCCACAAGAUAGGGUUUUGUGCGGACGAUUUUUGUCACGCGGAAACGUUCCUGACCUUUACAUAUGAUAAAAAACCGGUCAUCCACGAGACGUUCGUGUUUCACGACCUCGCCGACGCAUCCGACGUCGGCCGUACCGGAGGUUGCGUCGGUGUAGAUGACGCCGAAACGGAGGUCGGUUUGGAGGAGAGUGUGCAUCAUGAUACGGUAACGGUAUUCGAAGAUCUGUAAAGGGAGGAUGGCGCCGGGGAAGAGGACGAGUGGGAGAGGGAAAAGAGGCAGCUCCACGAUGUCAUUCGAAUUGGUGGAUGCGAUGUUUUCGUGUCGUUCGGAGGAGGAGGAGCAGCGGAGGGAGGAUGUGGAGUUCCGGUGACGGCGGCGAAGGUGGUGGGGAGGAGAGAUUUUUGAGUGAAGUGAAAAUGAGAGGGUGUGAUGGGGGUUUAAGCGAGGGUUGUUGUGGUGGGUGAGGUAAGAGGAAGAAGGGGAAGGGAGGAGUUGAGGGAGAGCCAUUAAUGUGUGGUUUCGAAAGAGAGAACGACACUGCGCAUUUGGGGGGAGAAGAAGAAGAUGAUGAAAUUGAAGCUCUCUCUCUCUCUAGAAAAAAUUUAGAGAGAGAAAGUAAAGGUUUUGGUGGAUUUGGAGAGACCGUAUGAUGUGGAUAAGAGUUUUUGUUUCUGAUUUUUG